UCCCUCCUGACGGGCGGCGGUGCGCGUACAGUCACGCGAAACUUCCAGUGUCGUGUCAACGAAAAUAUGUACACAUCUGUUUAAAUAUUGUGCUGGUUUAUUUAUUAACAGCCGAAAUUUACGUGUAAAAUGUGCGCGUUUUUGUUACAUGAUGUUCUAACAUAACACAGCUUUAGUUGAUCACAUAUUGUGCUUGUAAAGUGUUCCGGUGUUGUUUUUUUUUGUUCUGUGAAAGGAUUAUUCUUAACGUAAUUAUGAAGACGAACGUCGCAUAAAAGAUAGCCGUUAAGAUGGUGCAGUGAUGUGAGCGCAAUGCUGCUGCAGCAGGCGUCGUCGCCCGGCCCCAGCGGCGCCCCCAGCCCCAAGCCGUCCCCUAGCCCCAAGCCCCAUCCCCACUCCAGUCCCAGCUUCAACACCAGGUUUGCCGGAAGCCCCAAUCUAAGCGAUGGUCCUUCGAGCUCUAAUAGCCCCAGAUUGGGCGGUAAUAGCCCAAAAUUGGGCGCCAGUCCGAAAUUCGGUAGCCCACGAUUGGGAUCUGGAAGUCCGAAGCCUUGUAGAGGAUCCGCUGAUGAUGAAGCGGCGCUGGAGAAACUUCAUGCUGAGCUGAAGGAGGGGUGGACAGUGCACACGGGGAGAGAUGGCAGACUUUACUAUUGCAAUCACAUAACGCGCACUGCGAGCUGGUUGCCGCCCGCGGAGAGCUGGCCGAGCGGGGCAUGCGGGGCGGGAGCGGGCGCUGGGCCUGAGGGGCCGGCGGAGGGUGAGGACCUGCCGUACGGCUGGGAGCAGGCACUCGACAGCAGGGGCAAGCCUUACUACAUCAAUCAUGUGAACAAGACGACGACGUACGUGGCGCCGGAGGGUUGCGGCUGCGAGUCUCCGCCCGCGCCGCGAGAUGUCGUGCUGCAGCGAGACCCCGAACUCGGCUUCGGCUUCGUCGCCGGCUCCGAGAAGCCCGUCCUCGUGCGCUUCGUCACCGACAACUCGCCUAGCGUCGGAAAAUUGGAGCCUGGUGACCAGAUCCUGUGCGUUAACGGCGAGGACGUGCGUCUUGCAGCGCGCGAGCACGUCAUCUCUGCAGUGCGCGCCUGCUCGGAGCGCGUCACGCUGCGGGUGUGCCAGCCGGCACGCUCCGGCAGCGCCGCGCGCCGCUCCGCCCUGCUCUCUGCUGCCAAGCGGGCGCGGCUCAGGGCUAAACCGCCCAGAGUCAGGUUCGCCGAUUCUGUACAGUUGAACGGCGCACCCAUGUAUCCGCCGUCAGCAUUCUCGCUGGGCGACCUCUGUCUACCCCCGAUGGCGAACGUGCUGAAGGUGUUCCUGGAGAACGGACAGACGAAGUCAUUCAAGUACGACGCGACGACCACGGUGGCGGAUGUGGUGGCCAGCCUCAAAGACAAGCUGUGCAUCACCGCCACAGAGCACUUCAGCCUCGUCGUCGAACAUGUUAAAAGUCUCCGGAGGAACAAGCUGACGCUUCUCGACCCUAAGGAAUCCUUGGCCAGGAUCGCAGCACGUCCGGGGUCGCACAAGAUGCGGUGCCUGUACCGAGUGGUGUUCGUGCCGAGCUCAGCUGGCGAGCUGGCGCGCCGCGACCUGGCCGCGCUCGACUACCUCUACGUGCAGUGCUGCAACGACGUCCUGCAGGAACGGUUCGCGCCCGAGCUGCAGCCCGAGGUGGCGCUGCGCCUCGCCGCCCUGCACGUGCACCAGCACGCGCUCGCCAACAACCUCUCCCCCACCAAGCUCACCGUCAAGACUGUCGAACGCGAGUUCGGUCUGGAGCGGUUCGUGCCGGCGGGGCUGCUGGAGGGCAUGCGGCGACGCGAGCUGCGCCGGCUGCUGGCACACGCGCUCAAGCUGAACGCGCACAUGACCGGCCCCCAGCGACAACUCACGCAGCUGCAGGCCAAACUGCACUACCUGGACAUAGUGGGGGGGCUGCCGAGCUACGGCGCGAAGUGUUUCAGCUGCGCGCGGCCCGAGCGAGUGCUGCUCGUCUCCCCACGCUUCGGUCUCAGUCAGAUCCUCGGCAACAACAACGCAGUGCCGCAGUCGAUAGCGUCGCUGGAGGAGGUGGAGUGCGUGCGCGUGCGGCGGGAGGGAGGUGAGGGGGGCGCGGCGGACGUGGCGGUGUUCCUGCGCCGCGACCGCGUGCUCGCGCUGCUCAUGGAGGAGCGCGACGCAGCCGAGAUGCCGCUCGUCAUCGCCGGAUAUUAUCGUCUCGCUACAGGCAAAGAGCUUAAUGUAGAACUGGAGAGGGAGCCGAUUACUGAAGAUAUCGCACCACCAUACUUGUCGCAGCACAACGUUGUGCCGGCGAAAUGGAGCUACCUGCACCACGACAGCCCCGCGGAGCUCGCCAGGAAACAUUUCGCGAUAUUCAGCAUGCCGCCGCCGUAUCACGCCACGCCGGACACCUCCAAGACUAACUUGGACACCAAUAUGAACACCAGCAUCGCCAACAGAAAUCACAGCAACAACUCCAGUCCGCUUAUAGGCUACGACUCCAAAUCCGGUCUACUCGGUCACGACGUACACUUCGAGAAAUGUAGGAGAAACGAGGACUUCAGAUUAUUCGAUCCGAACGACGCGUGCUAUCUGGAAGACGGCAUGGGCUUCGAUCUUCAAAGCGUGCUGUCCCUGGAACUACUGGAAAAUGCCGUCAACAAUCCACGCUUAGUCGAAGCUAAGAACGAGGAGGUUCUCCGACGAGUGGAAGAAAUGCAAAAGCUCGUUGAAAACUCCGAACAAUACUUAACUGAGAACUGUGACGUUUUUCAUGAGAACGGCUACAACGAGGGCGUCCUCAGCGAUGAGAUAGGUGGUCGAGAGACUUGCGUGGACCAGCCGGAGAGCGACACGGAGUCCAACGCGAGCAGAAUGUCGGCGGCUGACGACACCCCCGGCAUACUGAAACACAGCGAUUCCUUGUUACUGCUGACCGAGACAAUCAAUCAAGGAUUAAGCGGCUUGACCGUUGCGGAACCAGAGAAAGAUGUUUCAAAUGAUUUAACAAAGAGGCAGUCUCAAGGACUAAGUGCUAUAUUAAACAAUUGUGGCCUCACUGACGCUUUGUUAGCCUUAAAUAAUGACGCGUGUCAGUCCGAAAGCGAUAAUGAUUCUCUCUACACGCCGACCAGUAGUCCGAUACGCAAGCACUUAAACAAGCCUGCAAAUAAAGCGGUAAGAACCAGCUUCGGCUUGCACAGUCCAGACGCCACCCUGGACAACAGAGAACCGAACUUAAAAGAGUAUCUGAAACAAUUACGAGAGAAAAGUAGUAAAGAAAACUCAGCGGGAGCCGAGUUUCCAUUUUACUACGAGGAGGGUCUGGUCGACAACGACGCCGAGCUUAUAGAUUUAACUUUGAUCCCUCCGCCUCAGACGCCCGACGAACUAGACGGCACUACGCAGGUGCCUCAGAUUUUACCCGUUGUCCCGCCAUCCUUUGCCGAUGAUAAGGAUAUUGCAGAUGAAAGUGUCCCAAAGAACGAACUGGAAGAAUUUAUCGCAAACGUGACCGUUCAGCCGCCCACGGUGAAAGUCACCCCCGCCAUCGAACUGACGCCUGAAGAAAUAAUGUCAUACAUCAUCCCCCCGCCGCCCGCCUCAAACUCCUCGACUUUAGAUAGGGACGGCAGUUACGUUAAUCAAACUCAGGUCUCGCAAGAAAAAAAUGAUCAAGUUCCGACAAACGAUGUGAAACCAAGCAACGGAGACGUGGUGAGAGGAACUUUAAGUGUCAGCGAAAUUAGAAAUAUGUUUGCGGCAAAAACGCUCAGCGAAGCUAGGAACAGUCUUUUGUUAAAAGAUAAAAGUAAAACGCAAAAUUCCUCCAAAACCGACUCACCAAAAGGUAAAAGAAAAAGUAUAACAGGAGAGAAGCAGGCAAACGGCGUCGCACAUAUCAUUGAAUAUCCUACGGUCGAGAGAAAAGGUAUGUUUUCUUGUUGUAGCAAAGAUAAGAGCAAAAACGAUGACAGCUCCGAGGAGACCGACAAAGUAGACGGUCACGUAGAGAACUCCGACACGAUGCCCGAUGUUUGCGAAAUUAGACCUCCGCCUAGAAGAAAAAGCACCGAACUUAAAAAAGCCCCUGAGAGACCUCCCAAGACACCGCCGACCCCAGCCCCGCGACCACGCUCCAACUCCUUCACCUGCUCAAAUAAUGAAUUGAGCGCAGUAGAUAUACCGAGCCAUCAGUUCAGCACCUUGAACAACAGAAAGUUAAACUACAAAGUUGUGUGCGAUAUAAACGAGCAACACGCCCAGCACCCUCCUCAGGUACCCCCUAGAAUAGAGAACAAGGUCCUCGCACCUCCCCCACCCCUCUUAUUACCCCCAAAGAAACCACCCCUUCCUCCGGUGCCGAGUAUUGAAGUUUUAAGAAUGAAAACUUCACAGAAACUAUCUCCGGUCCGCAACCCCGAGCAGCGCCUCGCUAGCAUCGGAUCUCCACACUUCCAUCGGAACUUGAGCACCUACCGCAACCUCGAGAACGAGAGCAGACUGACAGACGACGAGUCCACUAUCAGAUCCUCACACAAUUACAGUUCCUUAACGUUGCAGAGUCGCCACAUUCGGUCCAACUCCGAAACUAAAAGCACGAUACUGAAAAACAAAGAAAUGUCAACGGCUCUAUCGUUAUGCUCGCCGCAAAUGAACCGUCGAUUCAGCAACCGGCCUGACAUAUUGAACGGCGCGCUGGGGAGCGAACAUAAGGUGUUCAGUCCACCCCUGUCCGAAAGGAAAUCAUUUCGUCUGGACACAUCCAGCCCGACGCCCAAGACACAAAACCACGUGAGGUUCAAGGAGGACAUCGUGGACGACAUCCCGACCCCGCCCUCACCCCCCACGGUGAAGUUCCCCGAAUUUUCCGCCGGAAACAACGGGCACGUGUCCCUCGAGAACCUGCUGUGCAAGACGGAAGCGGCGGUGGACGGGCUGCUGCAGCGGCUACACCAGGCCGCGCAGAAGUGCUCGCAUCAGCACUCCCAUGGUGGCGGCGAGGACAUCGACGAAGUCAAAUUUCAGCGCGCCCGCAGCGAGCUGACGAUGUGUGCGGUGUCACUGGUGGGCACGUCGCGCACUCUGGUGGGGGCGCUGGGCGGCGGCGCGGGCGCUGCACAGGCGCUGGCCGACUGCCUCGCCCCGCUGCGCCGCCUGGCCGACCUGGCACAGGCUCUGGGCAGGCAUACAUCAUCACCUUUACAGACAAGGAACUUAGUUCUGCGAGUACAUGACGUGAUGGCCGCGUUCAAAGACCUCGCCGGCGCGGAGAUGGCGCAGAUCAUCCACGAGCACAACGCCAAGAGUCAGGGUCAGGGUCAGGAGACCAGCUCCACUCUUGAAGGGCAACUGGCGCUUAGAGCGGAAUGUCUCGCCAACGUGCUGGCAACACUUCUGCGCAGUCUUAGAGUGUUCUCACCUUAAAAUGUGGCUCAAUGGCUCAAUACGCCUUUGCCUAAAAACAAACAUAAGGAAAAAAACUAACUUUCUCGGUUGUGUUUCCAUUACUUAUCAUAUCAAAAUAUCACUUAUAAUUAUUCCCUUUGAAUAUAAAUAUGGUGAGAAAACAUAUUUUAUUGUAAGUCGUAUAAUAUACAGAUAUCACAAUAAUAAAAUAGUAAAGGAAAUUCUAUUCUUAUCUGUGCAAAUGUAAGGAAUAUGGCAACCCACAUUUUACUUGUCAAAACUGUCAUUUUCAUAAUUUCUAGCGGGUGUAUCUCUACUGAGUCGUGAUUUUUACGACGAAAUGAAUCUCAAAUCCGACUUUUGAAUGUUAAUAUUGUUAACUUGAUUGUAUUUUGUUAAGACAUUUUUAACUGAGACCAAAUAAAUUUAGGUAUGUUUAUAUUGUAGUUGGCUAUAAUUGCGUUUAUUUAAGUUGUAGUUUUUGUAAAUUUUAACGUUCGUUAAUAUUUUAUAUUAAUUGUUGAUAUGAUUCUGUUUGAGUAAUUUUAUAGGAAUGUUUUUUUUUUAUUUCUCGGAUUACAAUGUCUACGUAUUCUGCUUUCCUCGCUUUACUUGUAAAAUAUAAUCUUUAUAGGCAAAAAAAUACAGAUACCACAAACAAAAGCGCAAUAUUAAUCAAAAAAAUCUUGUUUAUUAUUCUGUAAUUCCUUUGUAGAAGUGUUACCAUAGUGAAUAAUUAAUUUUACUUAUACAUAUCUAUUUACAUAGAACUAUUGUAUAUUUCCUAAUGGUUUAGGUAUGUGUGAUCAAAAGAAUAGGGUGCAAAUGUUCAAUAUGCUAAUCUUAUAUAAUUAAAAACAAUAAUUCUUCUGUAAUAAACUUAACUCGUUGGUUAAUUUGCCGCGUAAAAUUUGGUGUUGCUAGUUGUAAAAUUGUUUUACUUAAAAAAAAAGUGUUGGAAGCGUCGCAAGUACGCGUUGUGCUGAUAUUUGUGUAUUGGUGCUAUUUUUAAAAAAAAGCAAAUGCGUUUUUGUAUUGCAUACAUCUCAUUUUGAAAAUUUUAUCGCGGAAAAAUCGAUCGAACUUAACCUCCAAAAAAGUUGUUAGUAAUGCAAUAAUUUAAAA